AUGACUUUUCAAAACGAGAUCCUAGGUACUACAACGGAUCUCAAGUCGACCCAACCAAUGGACUUCCUUCUAAACAACAUCCCAGAAGACUUUGCAAUCAUGACCCGCAGUCCCGAGACUGGUCUUUAUAGCUUCCGGGGAGGGAUCAUCAUGGGCAGUCUGGGCUGGGACCUAGGCUCAAAGAUUGGACUCCAACUACACGAGAUCCACACUCCAGUGCCGGAUUACAAGGAGAAGAUGCAGUUCUUGAUGGACCGAUUCUUUGCAAAGAUGCCGACUGACAAACCAAUACAGCGAGGGUCCUGGGGCCUCGAAGUCGACAAGCCAAUGUAUCUGCCUUUAGACGAAUGCCUUCCCUCACACGGUGAACAGGAUCCGGACCUUACAAUUGAUCGAGUACACCUUCGAGUAGACUGGCAGACUCUGCGGCGACUCCCGUUAUCUGGAGCGAUAGUGUUCAACUUCAAGUGUCUCUUGACACCAGCAACGGAGCUUAGGGAUGAACCCUACAUCCCGAGUCUGCUGCUGAAACUGCUGAAGGAAGGGAGGGAGAACUUGAUGGCGUACAAAGGGCAUCAGACUGAUCAUGUCACGAUCCCGGCUCUUGAGGUGUAUGAGAAGGAGCAGCUCGAGAAGGGAUUGAUUGAGAAGGACUGGGACCCUCAUACUCUGGAUGAGUCGCCUUCCUUCCCUGGAUGGAGGGAGAAGUGGCGUCGACAGCAGGGGGUUUGA